UGCCAUGGUUGUUUUCUCAACAAGACCUUUAAACUUUCAUCAGAAGUCCCUGCGAGUUUGCUGAAAUUCUUGUUAGAUUUGCUGUGUAGAUUAAAAAAAGGCUCAUUCCGUAAGAUCCAUAGGAUCCAACUGUCCAACAAGGUUCUUGAGGUUACUUUAUGUGGAUGAUGAUUGUCCAAAUCUCUUUAGUGAUGAUCCAGGGCAGUUGAUAAAAACUCUUAUCAGAGUACUGUAUUUUCAUACCUCAAUACUGUAUGUAAAUUUAAACAUUCAUAAAAUAAAAUCGUUUACAUUCCAAAAAUGGCUGAGGCAAAUCAAGGACAACCAGAUGAGGAAUUGACUGUGCCUCGUGCAGCUUUGAACAAGAUGAUCAAAGAACUGUUACCGCACACGCGUGUUGCAAAUGAUGCCCGCGAACUGAUUCUCAACUGCUGUACAGAGUUUAUUCACCUGAUUGCAUCAGAGGCUAAUGAGAUUUGCAAUAGACAGACAAAGAAGACUAUAUCCCCAGACCAUGUGUUAACAGCACUAGAAAGGCUUGGCUAUGCAUCCUACCUUGAUGACUGUCGAUCUGUACUCCAAGAGUGCAAAACAGAGGCUAACAGACGGCGCCUGAAAAGUCAUCGUUUAGAGAACCUCGGAAUACCAGAAGAAGAGUUGCUACGACAACAACAGGCACUUUUCGAAGAGGCCCGGCGACAGCAGGCAAUUGCAGACCAACAAGAAUGGCUAGAGAUGCAGGCGGCAGCAACAAAUCAACAAGCUGACCAACAAGAGUUAGGUCAAUUAAUGAGUCCACCACCUAUUCCAGGCCAGCAUCCACCAGAAAUGCAGCCUCCAGAGACAUGAAACCCACAGCAAGACCAACAUACUCUCCCAUGGAACCCAGCA